CAGUUUUGUUCGUUUUCAUUCUCAAGGAAGUGCGGUCGAGCCGUUGUGUUGUACUUUGGUGAUCAAUUUUACUAUCUUUACCGCAUCCAUUCAAUUUGAGUUGUUUUCAUAUUAAUGUUCUUGUUUAAUUGGACGGUUUAUAUUGCCUCUUUUACCAGAAACAAUGGCUCAGAGAAUAUUUGUGCCUGCGAAUAAGCGGUAUUUAAGCACUGCGUUGACUGUGAGUGAACAAAAACUCGUCUAUUCAGCAAGGACAACCCAGGAUGUACGACCCUACGAGGAAAUGCCUGGACCGAAGCCGAUUCCUUUACUGGGGAAUAAGUUCCGCUUCUUACCUGGAUUUAGAAAGUACGACUUUGGCGACCUAAUAAAAGUAUCCAAGCAAUUCUUUGACGAGUUUGGACCAAUUGUUAAAUUCAGCGGACUGCAGCCAAAAAACGACCUGGUUUUCGUAUUCGACCCUAAGGACAUUGAAACGAUUAUAAGAGGCGAGGGUCCUUGGCCCAACCGACCAUCGAUAAAAUGCUUAGAUUACUACAGAAUGGUUCACCGCAAAGAUAUUUUGAAGGGAGUGGGUGGACUGAUUGUCGACCAAGGAGAAGAUUGGCUGGAAGGGAGACGCCAAGCUAAUCCGAUUAUGAUGCAGAUCAAAAUCGUGCAAAUGUACACAUCCAAGAUCGACGAGGUGGCCGAGGACUUAGUUAAAAUGAUUCCUAGUUGGAUGGAUUCAAAAAACGAAAUGCCUGAUGAUUUCAGAAACAAACUAUAUAAAUGGGCGUUUGAGUCGAUUGCUAUGAUUGCGUUGGACACGCGUUUAGGAUGUCUGGAGGAAAAGCUCGACCCCGACUCAGAGCCACAAAGGAUGAUCAACGCGGUGCACAGCCUUUUUGAGACCAUGCACAACUUGGAAAUGGGCGGCGAAUCCUUUCUAUGGCCUUUCGUUCCAACACCAUCCUGGAAAAAAUUCAUUGCAGCUUUCGAUUGCAUUUCUGAGGUUAGCCAAAAAUACAUUGUCCAAGCGAUAGAACGGUCGAGCAGGAGGCCCGUGGACCAGGAGCCGAGUGCGUUGGAAAGACUUCUGCAAAGUGACCCGAAUCCGAACAGAGCUGUCAUCCUGGUGCACGACAUGCUCUCUGGGGGAAUCGACACAACUUCUGUUGCUCUGGCGAAUUUAAUGCUGCACUUGUCUGAGAACCAGGAAAAGCAGGAAGUUUUGUAUCAAGAGCUGAAGCGAAUCAUGCCUGACCCAUUUUCUCCUAUCACUAGCGAAAUGGUGGAGGAAAUGAAAUACCUGAAAGCUUGCAUCAAGGAAAGCAUGAGAAUGACGCCAGUCGUGAGCGGAAACAUGAGAAAGACGGAAAAAGAAGUGAUACUCUCAAACUACAGAGUUCCACCAAAUGUCGAAAUCAUGAUGUCUCACGCAGUAAUCUCACGGUUUAGCAAAUACUUCCGGGAGCCGGAAAAAUUUAUACCUGAAAGGUGGAUCAGAGGGCACGAGCAAGAGGAAAAAGCAAAUCCCUUCGUCGCUCUUCCAUUUGGACACGGAGCUCGAAAGUGCUUGGGAAUGAGGUUUGCACAGCUGGAAAUCCAAGUAACAUUGGCAAAAAUGAUAAGAAGAUUUCGCUGGGAGUUCAAGUACGGCCCAAUGCAGUACAAAAACGCCAUGUUGUACACACCUAUAAAUCCGCUCAAAUUCACUGUCCACGUGCGGUGACACCAUUUUUUGACUGUUUUAUGGCUUGCGUGUCGUUGGAAUAAAAUUUCCAGAAGCGUGUGUGGAACAUUAGCGAGCCAAAAGCAUGUGCUUGAAGCGAUUGAAAGAUCAAAAUCGCGGCCUGUCGAUCAGGAGCCAAGUGCGUUGGAGAGACUGCUGAAGAGGGAUCCGAACCCGUUGAGAGCAGUCAUCAUGGCGCUUGACAUGCUGAUGGCUGGAAUUGACACGACGUCUCAUUCCUUGACAAACGUGAUGCUGCAGCUGUCCGAAAAUCAGGACAAGCAGGAAAUCUUGCAUGGUGAAUUGAAAAAAAUUAUACCGAACCCUUGCGCCCCAGUCACGAACGACAUGCUGAACAAAACCA